AUGGCUUAUUAUUAUCAAACUGGAAGAUCUAAUACUCGCGUUUGGAUCGGACUUAAUUGGAAAGGAAGAGAAAAGUGGUCGUGGACCUGGGAAAGUGGUUCAAACUGUGAGUACAGAUCAUGGUGGCAAAGUCAAAGGACGCCCGACGAUUGGCAUGGAACAGGACGUUCGGAAGAAUGCGUUCAAUACGUAAGCUAUGAAACUACGGCAUGGAAUCAGUGGAACGAUCUGGACUGCCACGAAAGAGAAAAUUUCAUCUGUGAAACCGACGACUGCACUCUACUGUAG